AUGCUCCUCGCACGACCACCUAGACUGUCGAUCCUACCUCGACUACACCCCGUGAAACUCUACGCGAAAGCCAGCCCCCGCAACUCCUCUGUCUUCAAAGGUUGGAAAGGGAGCUCCACAGAUGAGAACGCAGUCUCACGAGCCGAGAAGGGAGACAGGCAUGAUCCGGAGUCAGAGGCGGCAGCCUCGGGUUUGAAAGAAAGAGAGGCGAAUGAGGGUAUUGCAGAUGACACCAAGUCUCAAGGGAGAACACAGCGAGGGGGGAGAAAGCAGGGGAGAAAGGCCAAGGCAGAGCAUCCCAAGGCCCCUGAGCCAAUCAUCGGAAUGAAUGAUGAGCGGGCGGAGAAGGGAAAUUGA